UUUGUUGACAGGGUUAUGGGGCUAUGCACAAUGUGACGCGUGGGUGGCUUGGGUCGGUCUAAACGCUUUUCUGCACAGCAUUUGGGUGGCCACGCUAUUUUGUUGUCAACUCUACCAGAUAAGUAUUCUCGGGAUGACGACGAACGAACGCAUGAACGCCUCCCGUUACCGACACUUUUCACUGCCGUCGCUGGGCGGCGCCUCACGCAGUAGUCCCUUCCACCGCGGCGUCUGCCUCAACCUAGUCGACUUCUUCCAGCUGCGGUGCUUCGGCCUGUUCAGGCCAGACCCCACCGAUUGGCUCACGCGCUACCACGUCAAAACGCCUGUCGAACAAGAACCGCUUCUCACCGACAAGGAAAACUACCAGUACGUUUAGAGGAAACCAAUGGAAUCAAGUUCCAUGACAUUAACACUAUAGUACACUACUGUACCAAAGGUUUUUAGCGAUUUGAAGGAUUUUACGGUAUGUCGGUUAUGCACAAUGCUUUUGUAAUUAUAUUAUGAUGGAUACUGUACAAUUAUGUAAAUAUUUGUUAUAAAUUAAUUGAAUAAUUUAAUGUUAGGUAAUAUUAUAUAGGUACUGUUAGAAUCGCUAGGCACUUUGAAUUAUUGUAAAUGCACUGUAAUUUCUUUUUUACUAAAUAAUGCUUCUACAGAAACUUAGAAACAUAAUCAAGCGUGUAAAUUAACGCCAAAUAUAUCUCACCUCUAUCUUGAGGUAUCCAAGAUGCAACUAAUUAUAUAUUCAAUAUAAGUUAUAAAGAUAAGUGAUUUCUAGCGUAUGACUGGAAUAAUUCACUAUUCAAGUUGACAGAACUAGUUACUACUUUAAAUGAUCUGAAUCAUUCUGAUUCAAAAUUAGCUUAUUCAAAAUUUUUAAAAAUUGUCCUACAUGUUUCAAAUAUGCAUUUUAAUUCAAAGAUUCAAUACUAGUAUUUCAAUAAUAAGACGCGUCAUGAUAUAUUUUACUUAGUAUCAAAAGAUUCUGGUUUAUGAAAAAUCGUUUCAUUUGUCGUUAAUUUAUGGUUUAUGAUAGUCCAAAUUCUUCUUUUUUUUGAAGUAAAAUUCUAGGAAACACAAAUGGUGACUGCUUUUUAAAACUUAGUUUUAAUUUGGUUUAAUUCUUUGGUCAGGUGCAUGCUUGG